AUGCCACCAAAAGGUUGGAGAAAGGAUUCUGAAGGAAAUUAUCCUAAUACGUCUUAUAUAAAAGAACAAGAAAAGAUCAGUAUUGAUGAUUUACUAUUUCCUAAAAGCAUAAUCACAUCUCUAGCGAAGGAAUCACUUCAGAACGCGUUUCAAAAGGGCGAAGAAGAGAGAAGAAUCACGGUUAGUAAGGAUGCUGCAUUGGCAAUGCAGAGGUCAGCGACAGUCUUUGUCAAUCACUUAUUAAUGUUUGCUAGAAUGAACGCAAAGGAUUCUAAUAGAAAGAGUUGUAAUGAUCAGGAUAUCAUGGCUGCUUUAGAUACGUUGGGGCUAGGUGCUUUGGAGAGCAUACUCACGGGAAAGAUGCAGGAGUACCAGGAAGCCAUACUUUGGAAGAAGCAAAAUAAAGUCAAUAAUGCUGUGCCUGGUGCGGACGGAGACAUAGCAAUGGAAGAUGAUGAAGAUGAUGAAGAUGACGAUGGCAGAGAAGGCGCAGAUGCUGACGCCGAGCCUAAAUCCAGAGCUGAUACUGAGGUUCAACAAGGUAACGCUGAAAAUGAUAAAUUAGAUGGGCCUCCAGUCAACCAAGAACAAGUACCUAGCACGCGCCAGAACGACCUGGAUUUAAGCACAAAAAAACAGAAGACGGAAUGA